UUUAUUUUACUUGGCGCCAGGUAUUGCUCCACCACUUUACCACAACUCCAAAAUUCCUGCAACAUUCUCUUAUUCCCUCCAAUAAACCCUAUGAUUCACCCUUUCUCUCCCUAAAAUUCGAAGAUUUCGAUUCUUUUGAGUAACUAAAUCGGCGACUGUGACUGCGAAUGGGAGCUUUUCGCAACGGAGGUAGCAACUACGCGUCGCCGUCGAUGGAGGAUCGACGGUUAUGGAAGCACGUUCACGAUAACGUCCACGGAAACAUUUAUCUCGAUCCUCUCUCAUUGAAAUUUAUUGACACCGAACAGUUCCAAAGGCUUCGGGAUUUAAAGCAACUUGGUUUUACAAACAUGGUAUAUCCUGGAGCAGUACAUUCUAGAUUUGAGCAUUCACUUGGUGUUUAUUGGCUUGCUGGUAAUGCUGUUGAAAGACUCAAGGCACACCAAGGCUUAGAGCUGGACAUUGAUCAUUCAGAUAUACAGACUGUAAAACUGGCUGGAUUAUUGCAUGAUGUGGGUCAUGGUCCAUUCAGCCAUUUGUUUGAGCGAGAGUUUCUUCCUCAGGUUAUCCCUGGAUGCAAAUGGUCCCAUGAGGAAAUGUCUUUGAACUUAAUAGACUACAUGGUUGAUGAGCACAACAUUGAUAUAGAUUCUGGACGCCUUAAGAAAGUCAAGGAGAUGAUAGUUGCUUCCGAAAAUGCCCCUGUAAAGACUUCAAAAGAGAAGCUUUUCUUAUAUGACAUUGUUGCAAAUGGUCGAAAUGGUAUAGAUGUUGAUAAAUUUGAUUACAUUGUUCGUGACUCUCGAGCUUGUGGUCUUGGGUGUAACUUUCAGUUUGAAAGGCUGUUGGAUACUAUGCAAGUCAUAGACAAUGAAAUAUGUUAUCGAGCAAAGGAGUAUCUAACUGUCCACAAGCUAUUCAACACUCGUGCUGAUCUGCAUCGCACAGUCUACACACAUGCAAAAGUUAAGGCAGUAGAAAUGAUGUUUGUAGAUGCUCUUGUAAAGGCUGAUAGUUAUCUUUGUGUUUCUUCAUUCAUUGAUGACCCAUCUCAGUACUGGAAGUUAGAUGAUUCAAUAUUGAAGACCAUUGAAACUGAUGAUGCUGAUGAGCUUAAGGAAUCUAGAGAUUUGAUCCGAAGAAUUCGGAGAAGGGACUUAUACCAGUUCUGCAAUGAGUUUACUGUUCCUAAGGAUAAGUUGCACCAUUUCAAAUAUGUCACACCACAAGAUAUCAUAUGUUCACAGAAAUCUGGUGGAGUUACUCUAAGAGAAGAAGAUAUAGCAGUGAGCAAUGUCAAAAUUGAUUUCACACGAGGAACAAACAAUCCACUUGAAAGCAUCAACUUCUUUGAGGAUUACAACAGUAAAAAUAAAUUCACUAUUUCCAAAGACCAAAUAAGUCACUUGCUGCCAGAAUAUAAUCAGGAUUUCCUAGUCAGAGUGUACUCCAAAAAGCCCGAAUUGGUGGAAGUGGUUUCGGAAGCAUUUGAGAAUUUUCAGUUAAAAAUGUACGGGAUGAAAGCGCAAGUACAUGGUACGCCUGAAAGGAAGAGGUGCAGGGUGGUGUUGUGAUGGGUUUUGAUUCUCAAGUAGAAGGUGAAUACGUACAGAAUACAUAUAUACGUGUGCUUUCUUUCUUGCUUUUAACAUAGUUACAAAGUAAAAACACAUGGACAUUAUUAGUGAAGGAUGAUUGUAUGUUGGAUUUACUACAUUAAAAGUUUAUUUCAUAUAGAAGGUUAUGGAUUGUGGUA